AUGGACAUAAAUAACAAUAAUAAUAAUAAUCAAUACUACACUACACCAUAUGAUAUUGCUCUAUUUAAGUUUAUAUCAGAUAAGAGAGACAUCAUUGCCGUUGAGUUCUUUAUAGAUGGAUGGACUGCAGGAAAUCAUUCAUCAAUCAACAGUGUUUAUAUGAGCAUUCUAAACCUAGAUACUAGAAUUGACAAGUUUUUUGUAAAACACAGAGUCCUAAUUAGUCUUGUUCCUUCUACUGUUAGCAUUCAAUCGGCCAUGAUGAAGAUAUUAAAAAUAUUUAGAGACUAUGAAAAAAAAAGUUAUCAAUUUCUUAAAAGAGAUAUCUUUUUUAGACUGGUUAGAAUUGUGGGAGAUACGCCAAUGAUCCACAAGUUGAUGUGUAUCACUAGCUUUAACAGUAAUUUGCCAUGUCGCUUUUGUUUAAUACCUUUAGAAUCAUGCCAAUGUCUGAAUCCACACCAUAUUAAAAGAUCUUGGGGAGAUAUGGUAUCACAAUUCUAUCAAUAUUCUAGUAUCACGGAUCAAUUCGAAAAACAAAAGAAAGAGAAAACACUUUUAUGUGAUCUUGGAAUGAAAGUUAAUGAACCUUGGCUAUUAAAACAAGAGAUUGGAUAUCUAUUGAAAACACCAACAGCAAAGAGGAAUAUGAAUUCUAUUAAGUUAAGACUCCAGAAAAUGAAUUCUUCAUUGAACUUGGAUAGCCAUGAAUCUUAUGUUGGUAGAGAGGUGAUGGAAUUGGCCCACUUUUUACUAUAUAUUGUUGACGGUUAUGUUGAGCAAGAUAAUUUUAAUUGUAUGAAACAUCAUAUUAAAUACUAUUUCAUCUUAUUGAAAAGAAAUAUUUCAUCUUAUGAUUUGUCAAUUCUUAAAUCUCAAAUUGAUAUACAUCAUAAAUUAUUCAUUAAACUAUAUCAAAAUCAGUUUAAUCACUCAAUAAAUUUUCACCUAUCGUACCAUUGGAGUGAUAUAAUAGAAUUACAUGGGGCACCAAUUUACUAUUCAAGCAAUGAUUAUGAAUCAAAGAAUGGACCUACCCGUGAGUUUAAAAUUCGUUGUACCAACAACCACUCUUUGGAAAGAAUUCACAGAGCCGACCUCUUUACCUCAAAAGAAUAUCUAAAAAACUUUCAAGUGGAUAAUCUUGAUAAUAAAAACGAAUCAUUUAGUCUUGGAAAUAGGUGUAAUAACAAUAGUAAUAUCCAGACAAAUGAAACUCAGUACACUUCAAUCAAAUGCCAGAAUGAAAAAUAUUUUUGUGGUGAAACAAUAUCAGUAAUUGGUGUAGUUACUAUGGGAAAAAGAAAGAAAAGAGAUACAGAACAGAUUUGGUAUUGCGACAUACUUGCAAUUUUUGAAGAAACACUCUUAAUUAGAUGGUUUGAAUUAGAUCCUAACAGUGAUUAUAUUUAUGGUGACUUUGAGAGAAUCAAACACAGUCAAAUUAAUGAAAAAGCAAGAAAAACUUACCUCUCUUCCACCCCCAGUUUUAAUUUUUAUGAAUAUUAA